UCAGUAUAGUCAAGAGAAACAUGAACUUCUGGAAACUCUAACCCACCUCCACCAAAACUGCAGCACUAUGAAAAAUGACAUGGACUUAAAAGAAGAACUGCUGAUAAAUAAGACUAUAGAGUGUAGUGCAGGCAACAAUCUUCUGGAAUCCCUCAUCAGAGAACAGAACAGAUGGUACAGUGAAACCAAGACUGAUUUAGAUUCCUCACAGCACACAGGCAGAGGAGUUGAAAGACACUGGUUCUGCUUUGGUAUAAAAUGCUAUUCUUUCAUCAUGGACAGACAAACAUGGAGUGGAUGUAAACAGAAGUGUAUGAAUUACAGGCUAUCUCUUCUGAAGAUAGAUGAUGAGGAUGAACUGAAGUUCCUUCAGCUCCAGGUUUUUCGAAACAGUUACUGGAUUGGAUUGUCUUAUGAUAAUAAAAGAAAGGUUUGGGAAUGGAUUGACAAUGUCCCAUCUAAACUGUGA